AUGGGUAAGACCAAAAAUAGUUCAGGAAAUGCUGGUAAAGGCAAAGCUAAUAAAAAAACUACGGACGAUGACGAUGGGGAAUCAAAGUCCGGAAAGGCCGGGAAACUAAAAGCGGCCAACAGUGUCAGACAUAUUUUAUGUGAGAAACACUCCAAGGUCAUGGAAGCCAUGGAAAAAUUAACUGUGGAUAAUAUACGAUUUGAUAAGGUGGCAAAAGACUAUAGCGAAGAUAAAGCACAGCAUGGAGGGAGUCUUGGAUGGAUGGCCCGUGGGUCAAUGGUAGGUCCAUUCCAAGAAGCUGCAUUCGCGUUACAACCAAGUUCAUUAGAUAAACCAAUAUUUACCAAUCCACCGGUAUAUGUCGAAAUUACAUACUCUGAUCGUUUGGCUGUUAUAAUGUAUGUUUUACUGAUAAUGUUUAUGCAACUUAUAGAUAAAAACGCAAUUUGGUUAUCACAUAAUCAUGGUGGUAAGUCUAAUACUAUUUUUUAA